AUGUCGUCCUCUUCCUCCCCCGAGCUUAUCAAAACCCAGGUCAAGGCUAUGACCUUCGACGUCUUCGGCACCACUGUCGACUGGCGCUCCUCCGUAACCGACGAGCUCACCAACCGGGCCGCCUCCAAAAGCGGAAAACACCCCGACGAAGACCGCAUCGCUAACCUCCGCCGCCUGUCGCGCGAUGACUGGGGCCGUUUCGCGCAGCAAUGGCGUACCACGUACAGCACCUUCGUGCGAGAGUUCAUCCCGGGCGAGACACCGUGGAAGGACGUCGACACGCACCACUAUGACGCCCUGGUCGAUCUGUUGGCUGAGUGGCAGCUCGAGGGCAUCUACUCGGACGAGGAGGUGAGAGAGUUGAGCCUGGUCUGGCACCGGCUACGGCCGUGGGACGAGGCCGCCAGGGGCUUGCGGCUGCUGGGCAGGCAUUAUGUCACGUCAAUGCUGUCCAACGGGAACGCCUCUCUGCUGCGGGACCUGGACGACUUCGGGAGUCUUAAUUUCCAGCGGCGGCUGUCGGGAGAGGACUUCAAGGCCUAUAAGCCCAAUCCCAAGGUGUACCUCGGAGCCGCACAGAGCCUUGAGAUGACGGAGCCAGGGCAUGUUGCCAUGGUCGCCGCUCAUCUCGACGAUCUGGAAGGGGCCCGAAAGUGUGGGCUGAGGACCGUUUACGUUGAGAGGCCGGGCGAAGAGGCUUGGAAGGAUGAUGAAGAUCGAUAUCGAAAUGCCAAGGACUGGGUCGAUAUCUGGAUUGGGGAGAAAGAUGGUGGCUUUGUUGAGCUUGCGAGGAGACUGGGUGUCGAGCAGUGA